AUAUUACAGUUUUUCAUAUGUAAAUAGCACGUGCGUUUGAGCUUUCGUUUAUCUCUGCAAAUCCACUGGAGAAGCAGGAGGAAGACGACCAAGAAGAAGGACUUUCCUUUCACUCUUUUAAGUCUCCUUCUCACUCUUGUUCUUUCUCUCUAGCUUCUCAAUCUCAAAUUCAGCGUGAUAAUCUCCAUUUGCGCAGUUGCUUCAAUUCUGAGGAGUAAUCAUGCGAUUCAAGGAAGAGUCUGUUGAAGAAAAGCUUGAUCAUAUUAAAAGAAAGCAAGAAGAGAUGUCUAUCCACAAGCAUUUUCCUGCUGAUCCUGUCAAACAAGCUGUGGACAAGUUCCCUCUCCUUCCUGAGUUUUUAAAGGUGAGAGGACUGGUGAAGCAACAUUUGGAUUCAUUUAAUUACUUUGUUAAAACCGACAUAAAGAAGAUUGUUCGUGCUAAUGAUCGCAUAGUAUCAAGUGUGGACCCAAGUAUUUAUCUGAGGUUUAAAGAUGUCCGAAUUGGUGAACCAUCAAUAACAGUGGAUGGUAUCAGUGAAAAACUUAAUCCUCAUACCUGUCGGCUAUCUGACAUGACGUAUGCUGCUCCAAUAUUGGUUAAUAUAGAGUAUAUUACAGGGAGUCAUGUUCAAAAAACCAGAGUGGAGAAGAAUGAUGUUGUUAUUGGAAGAAUGCCUAUCAUGUUACGGAGCUGUUGCUGUGUUUUAUAUAAAAAGGAUGAAGCUGAACUUGCAAGACUCGGUGAAUGUCCCCUUGAUCCUGGAGGAUAUUUUGUUGUAAAAGGAACCGAGAAGGUGAUCUUAAUACAAGAACAACUCUCGAAGAACAGAAUAAUCAUUGACACUGAUAAGAAGGGGAACAUAAAUGCAUCUGUUACAAGCAGCACCGAGUCAACAAAAAGCAAAACAGUUAUUGUCAUGGAGAAAGAAAAGAUAUGGUUGCAACUUAAUCAGUUUACAUCAAAGAUUCCAAUUAUGAUAGUGAUGAAGGCCAUGGGAAUGGAGAGUGAUCAAGAGGUGGUGCAGAUGGUUGGGAGAAAUCCUCGAUAUAGUGCCCUACUUUUGCCUUCUAUGGAGGAAUGUGCGAGUCAUGGUAUAUACACCCAACAGCAAGCUUUGGAAUUCCUUGAGAGGAAGGUGAAAAAGUUGCCGUUUUAUAACCCUUCACUUGAAAAGGAAGGAAGAGGAAUGGCUAUCCUACGUGAUACAUUUAUUGCUAAUGUUCCGGUACGUCAGAAUAACUUUCGUCCAAAGUGUUUGUAUGUUGCGGUGAUGUUAAGACGUAUGAUGGAUGCUAUUUUAAAUAAGGACGCAAUGGAUGACAAGGAUUAUGUAGGGAACAAGCGGUUGGAGUUGUCUGGCCAGUUGAUUUCUCUGCUCUUUGAGGAUUUGUUCAAGACGAUGAUUAGUGAGGUCAAGAAGACGAUAGAUGCCAUCCUUGCAAAGCCUAGCCGCUCUAGCCGGUUUGACUUUUCUCAAUUCAUAGUGAGAGAUAGUAUUACUGUUGGCCUAGAGAGGACCCUUUCUACUGGCAACUGGGAUGUCAAGCGGUUCAGGAUGCACAGAAAGGGCAUGUCACAGGUGGUAGCUAGGUUAUCUUAUAUAGGGUCAUUGGGGCACAUGACAAAAAUCUCCCCACAAUUUGAAAAGUCGAGAAAAGUAAGUGGACCUAGAGCAUUGCAACCUAGCCAGUGGGGUAUGCUCUGCCCAUGUGAUACUCCCGAAGGUGAAGCUUGUGGACUGGUAAAAAACUUGGCCCUGAUGACUCAUGUAACAACUGAUGAAGAAGAGAGUCCACUAAUAUCUCUGUGUUACUCUUUGGGUGUUGAAGACUUGGAACUACUUUCUGGCGAAGAGCUUCAUACACCAAAUUCUUUUCUGAUUAUAUUUAAUGGGCUCAUUCUUGGCAAGCAUAGGAGGCCCCAGCGUUUUGCUAAUGCAUUGAGGAAGUUACGGAGAGCUGGUAAAAUUGGGGAGUUUGUAAGCGUUUUUGUAAAUGAGAAGCAGCAUUGUGUUUACAUUGCUUCUGAUGGAGGUCGAGUUUGUCGUCCAGUUGUUAUUGCUGACAAGGGCAAAUCGCGAAUCAAGGAACACCAUAUGAAGGAAUUGAUUGAUGGAGUUCGCACUUUUGAUGAUUUUUUACGUGAUGGAUUGAUCGAGUAUCUUGAUGUCAAUGAGGAGAACAAUGCUUUGAUUGCUCUAUAUGAAGCUGAUGCUAAACCAGAAACGACUCAUAUUGAAAUAGAGCCUUUCACCAUCUUAGGUGUUUGUGCUGGGUUGAUUCCUUUUCCUCAUCAUAAUCAGUCCCCAAGAAAUACCUACCAGUGUGCAAUGGGAAAGCAAGCUAUGGGGAAUAUCGCAUAUAACCAGCUAUGUCGGAUGGACUCAUUACUGUACUUACUAGUGUAUCCUCAGCGGCCAUUGUUGACAACAAGAACAAUUGAGCUGGUAGGAUAUGAUAAGCUUGGAGCGGGGCAGAAUGCAACAGUUGCUGUAAUGAGUUACAGUGGCUAUGACAUAGAAGAUGCAAUAGUCAUGAACAAGUCAUCCUUAGAUCGUGGUUUUGGUCGUUGUAUUGUAAUGAAAAAGUUUUCUGCUGUCAAUCAAAGGUAUGAGAAUAAUGCAUCAGACAGAAUAGUUAGACCCCUGAAAGUGGGACAUGAUGCAGAAAGGAUGCAGAUAUUGGAUGAUGAUGGACUUGCUGCCCCUGGAGAAAUAAUUAAACCGAACGAUAUCUAUAUCAAUAAAGAGUCCCCUAUCAUUACAAAGGGUCCAUUAAUAUCUCCUGUGGGAUUACCAGAUAGUGCAUAUAAACCCAGUAGACAGACAUUCAAGGGUCCUGAAGGGGAGGCAUCUGUGGUGGAUAGAGUAGCACUCUGUUCUGAUAAGAAUAGCAAUCUGUGCAUUAAAUUUCUAAUUCGGCAUACUCGUAGGCCAGAGGUUGGAGACAAAUUCAGUAGUAGGCAUGGGCAAAAAGGUGUUUGUGGCACGAUUAUUCAACAAGAGGAUUUCCCAUUUUCUGAACGUGGCAUUUGCCCUGAUUUAAUUAUGAAUCCUCAUGGAUUUCCGAGUCGAAUGACAGUGGGGAAGAUGAUAGAGCUUCUUGGAGGUAAAGCCGGAGUUUCAUGUGGUAGGUUUCAUUAUGGCAGUGCCUUUGGAGAGCCAAGUGGUCAUGCAGACAAAGUCGAGACUAUAAGUAAAACCCUCGUGAAGCAUGGCUUUAGCUACAGUGGCAAGGACUUCAUUUAUUCAGGUAUCACAGGCUGUCCACUACAAGCAUAUAUUUUCAUGGGACCAAUUUACUACCAAAAGUUGAAACACAUGGUCCUAGAUAAAAUGCAUGCUCGAGGUAGUGGUCCCCGUGUCAUGCUAACGAGACAACCCACAGAAGGGAGAGCUCGAAAUGGAGGACUACGGGUUGGAGAAAUGGAAAGAGAUUGUUUGAUUGCUUAUGGUGCAAGCAUGCUGAUUUUUGAACGAUUAAUGGUAUCUAGUGAUCCUUUCGAAGUUCAGGUUUGCAGGGUGUGUGGCUUACUAGGAUAUUACAAUCAUAAGCUGAAAAUUGGCAUUUGUUCUACUUGUAAAAAUGGGGAUAAUAUUUCUACCAUGAAACUUCCCUAUGCAUGCAAGCUUUUAUUCCAGGAGCUUCAAGCAAUGAAUGUUGUCCCUCGCUUAAAACUGACUGAGGCAUGAGCAGCUGGUGCUCUUUGUCAAUUCCCCAAGCUAUACAUGGGUUUUUCAGCACGACAUGCCCUUCCUCUCAGAAUCAGAACGGAGAUGGAUAUUCUUGAUCAGUGAGAUGGUGCAGCCGCUUGGCAUGACUUAAAUGAGUCGUAAAUUUGUGGGUUUUCAUUCAGCGGUUUUGAAAAUUUUAAGUUAAAACUACCGAGGCAAAGAAGAAAAAGUACACAUGUAAAACUAGAAGAAAUUUUGAUCCAUUUGAUGUUGUAGGCUCCUGCCAAUGUACACAAGACAAACUGAAAUGAUUCUACAUAUUUUCUGUAGAAUUUAACUGAAUAAUGAAGUGACAUGAUUGAAAUUA